UAGUAUAUUUAUGGACGGCACUUCCAAUCCGUGAUGUCUAACUUACAGAAAUUGCAUUACAUUCAAUCACUGGUUGAUCUAUUGCUCCGAAUCAGGUCGAUGAUCUUGAUUGGUUGCUCCUACUUCUUAACAUUUCACCUUUUCUGGUGCACGUGAGACGAUGUUGUAUGUAUCCUCGACUCAUAAAUUUUAUUCUCUUCAUAAUCAUGUCUCAAGCUCUCAGCCAUGGCAUACUCUAGAUGUACAUAUCCCAUAUACUAACAACAAAACUAGUGGACAGCACGUGCCAUAACGUGCCCUCUACUUUCGGUUCAUUGAUAAGUGGGAUCUUUUCCAGGCAUCCAUACAAAUUAAAAAGCCAAGAUUUGUUUAACAGGGACAUAUGCAGCCUAUCUUCCUCACCUUGGAAUGUUGCAGCAGACAAAUAUGAAUGAAUAUUUUAUGCCGAGCUGGAAUAUUACAGUCGAAAACAAACAACCAUUCUAAAGCUACAAACAAAAGAAAUAGAAAGGCGAAAAACUUCUGGUACUUGGGCUAAAAGUUACAAAUGCAAUUAUGGUAGAGGAUAACUAAGCUUCUAGAGAUUAAAGGCCUUGUUUAACAUCAACUAUAAUAUUGCCAUCCUGUUUUAUUUGCAACUUUUAGCAUACUUUUUCUGAUUUUCAUAGUGGCAUCCCACUAAUUGUCUUUAGAUAAUUCACAUGUAUGAAAUUUAUUAACAUAUAUGGUCUAAUUUUAUUACAUUUUAUUUGUAAUCCUCUGUUCUUAACACAUGUGAACUGUCUAGAUCUCAUGGUUAGGGAUAACUCUGCUUUUCCAUAUUCUUAUAUUUCAUAACUCAUAAGCUAGUUAGAAGCUAAGUGCAUACCUUUAGUUUGUUCUUAUAAGUUAUCAUUGGAUUGGAUACUUCAAUGGAUAGAGAUGCGAGGAAAAUUCACCAUAGCCAGUACUUUUUGGGACAUUAUUGGUCCUUGUCAACUCGGCAUAUAUAUUCAUGUCUAUGUCAACUUAUCAAUCUCCAUCUUCUCUCACUUUUUAUGCCUAAGCUUUACCAUGCAGACCAUCUUUUCAUUGUGCAUUCAUAAGUAUCCUCUGUUUUCGAUUUUCAUGUUUGUCAAAAACCCAUAUGAUUUCUUUGAUUCAUGUUGCUUUGAUAAAACAGAGCUUUUGUACAUCUUAAUCUUUUGGACGAUUAUUCAUGAUUUUAUGAGUACUUGUAUUGAUAUUUGAGGGUUUAAUAUCUUGGCCUACUUCAAGGUUCAUGAACAGGAAUAUCCUUUAAUUUCUUUUCCUGUUUGGUGCCUCCCACUUCUGCAUAUGAGACAGAAUUGGAAAGAUGAAAUUCACAUGGUCUGUCUGAAAGUUCUGUGGAUGAUGCAGGCCUUUUUUGGUCGUUAACAUCAUAAUAUACAUGAAGGAAGAGUUCAUAGCUUUCCCUAUAUGCUUUCUGAGUAUAUCUUUGAUGUGAUGUGAAGAACAAUUUUCCAUUAAUUCAAGCAUAUCUCAUGUAGGGAGAAAUGUCUGCCAUGCAUGCGUCUGUGUACAUAAAAAUUAUAGCGAAUUCUUCCUAAACAUAGUUUUUUUUUUUUUUUUUAACGAAAUUCUUGAUUUCAAAUAGAAGAUUAAUUUUUUUGUUGAAAAUCGCCUAGAUCCUAUCCUUACUAUCUCGUGCAUUGAAACACUCUGGAGAAUGAAUCUCCAUAGUAUCUUUACAUGGACAUUUGUACAAUACCCAUAUUAUGCGUGUACAAGGUACGAAGAAGAAUUUCUUACACUGGCACGUGGAAAGUGGAUUUAUGUGUACGUUGAUGCUUAUAAAAGCAGGUUUUGAAACCCAAGAAGCCAUAUCAAGAGUGGUGGCUAUGAUCACUGAGCAACUGAAAACUUUGGGAUAGAUAGCCUCCCCUUAGCUAAUGGAGUCAAGUCCAAGGUUAGAUGGUUAACCAAACAGCUGGAAUCAGACUUUAAAAUAUAUCUUUGCCAUCCCCUAGAAUCUUGUCCAUGAACAGCUUUGAAAAAGAUACUCUAUUUUGACACCAUUUUUGUAUAGAUCCAAGAUAUUCAUCUUCACAGGCCAAUAAAAUUCUUAUUUUAUUAGGCCUUCUAUGUAGAAGUGAGGGAUACAGACAUGGCUACUCUUAUCAGUAACUUUUGCUUUAUUGCUUUGUCCUUAUUGCUCUGGUUGCUUGUCCCUGCACCUGGGCAGGACUUGUUGAGCUGUGAAACUACGUCUGCUGAUGCUUCUGGCUACCGUUGUGAUGUUAAUGGAUCGCAGGAUCGUUGCAACACCUUUGCCAUUGUUUCAACUAAUUCUUACUUCUCUUCUCUCUCAAAUUUGAGUUUUUAUUUGGGUUUAAAUCGGUUUGCAAUUGCUGCAGCUAAUGGUUUCUCUGCUGACACAGAGUUUCUUCCUAAAGCUCAGCCUCUGUUGAUACCAAUCGAUUGUAAAUGCAAUGGUAGUUUCUUUCAGGCUGAAGUUACCAAAACUACCAUCAAGGGGGAGAGUUUUUAUGGCAUUACUGAGUCUCUGGAGGGCUUGACGUCAUGCAGGGCCAUCCAAGAGAAGAAUCUGGGCAUCUCACCAUGGAACCUUGGUGACAAGAUUCGAUUGUUAGUACCACUUAGAUGUGCAUGUCCAUCUUCAUCUGAAGUUGGUCUAGCAACAAGAUUCUUGCUCUCUUAUCCUGUAAGUGAGGGCGAUACGAUCUCGAAUCUAGCCAUUAAGUUCAAUACCACACCAGAAGCUAUCAUAUCUGCUAAUAACAGAUCAUUAGCAAACUUUAAUCCUGAAAGCCUUGUACCUCUUACAUCUCUUUUGAUACCACUUAACAGUGAGCCUGCCCUUGGUCCCCUUGCAAAACCACGCGAACCGAAUUCGCGUUUUCCUGAAAAUAGUAUCCCAGUAAUUAAUCCACACAAGAAAAAGUCCAAGAUGUGGAUAGUAGGAAUUUAUAUUGCUGUUACUGGUGUUGUAGUUGGAGCAAGCAUUGCAAUUGCAGCAGCCUUCUUGGUCAUCCAACUGAAAAAGAAGAAGCAGAAUUCAAGCAAGGAGGGAGAUCCUGAGCUUCAACAGCUUAGCUUAAGUGUAAGAACCACGAGCGAGAAGAAAGUCUCAUUUGAUGGAUCCCAGGAAGGUCAGAUCAUUGAUACCACACCGCGAAAGGUGCUUGUGGAGAGUUAUUCUGUAGAGGAGCUAAGAAAAGCAACUGAAGACUUCAGUUCAAACAAUCUCAUAGAUGGCUCUGUAUACCAUGGUCGUCUAAAUGGGAAGAACUUGGCAAUCAAGCGAACGAACUCAGAAACUAUAUUGAAGAUCGAGUUCGGGCUUUUCAACAGAGCAACACGCCAUCACCCGAACAUAAUUAAGUUGUUGGGGACAUGUUUAAGUGAUGAUCCUGAUUCAUUUUUAGUGUUUGAAUAUGCUAAAAAUGGGUCUUUGAAGGAUUGGCUUCACAGUGGAUUAGCCAUGAAGAAUCAGUUCAUAGCCUCCUGCUAUUGUUUCUUGACAUGGAACCAAAGGCUGAAGAUAUGCCUUGACAUAGCAGUAGCCUUACAGUAUAUGCAUCAUGUCAUGAAUCCAAGCUAUGUUCAUCGAAACGUAAAGAGUCGAAACAUCUUCUUAGACGAAGAUUUUAAUGCAAAGAUUGGGAAUUUCGGCAUGGGAAGAUGCGUUGAUGACAAAACAGAGGACUCAGAAUCACAUUCCACUAAUCCUGCUUCAUGGAGUACAGGGUACUUGGCUCCAGAAUAUGUUCAUCAAGGCAUUGUUUCUCCAAGCAUGGACAUAUUUGCUUUUGGGGUAGUUUUGCUGGAGAUUUUAUCAGGGAAAACACCAAUAACAAUACCAGAAAACAAGGGUGAUGAAGAAAGAAUUUUUCUUUCAGAAAAAAUCAAAUCCAUAUUGUCAUCAGAAAAUGCAGAUGAGCUCAGAGAAUGGAUGGACAAUGCAUUGGGAGAAAACUAUUCGUUUGAAGCAGCUGUGGCUCUGGCCAAUCUUGCAAGAUCAUGCGUGAACGAAGAGCCUUGUUCAAGACCAAGUGCAGGAGAAAUUGUGGAGAAGUUAUCGAGACUGGUGGAAGAAUCGCCGGAAGAAAACGUUUUGAUCAGCGAAAGCUCAUCGAAACCUCUAGUUAAGGCAGCAGCAACAGCCAGUCUCUGAACAAUUGUGUAUGUAUGUAUGUAACGAAGAAAAAGAAUGAACAAAGCAAGCUUGUUCUCUAAAGUAAUCUCUAGUUUGUAUUGUGUUUCUGCUUCUGAAAAAUAAUAGAAUCAAAUGUAUUGUAUAAUCCAGGAAUAAUUAUUAAGAUUAAAAAGCUA